CUCUUGCCAUCUCUCUUUGUCCUCCCUAAACAAGCACAAUGGACGACGCGGUCAACGCCUCUAUCAGCGAGCCCCUCGACAUUGUCAAGCUGGCGCUCGGCGAGAAGGUGUUCAUCAAGCUCCGCGGCGACCGCACAUUGACCGGCACUCUGCAUGCGUACGACGCGCACAUGAACCUCGUCCUCUCGCAGGUCGAGGAGUCAAUACACACUGUCGACGUGACCGACGACGGGCAGCCACUGCAGCCAAGGGUCGAGCGCCGUAACCUCGAGAUGCUCUUUGUCCGUGGCGACGGUGUGAUCCUCAUCUCGCCCACCCAGUAACACUCUACGAUGCAUUGUAUACCCCCUCGACCCCCUCAAUGUACAUGUACAUGUGCAUAGUGCAUGGUGCAAUGGCCAAGACAACUGAUGGAUGGUAAUGGCUAGUGAUGUUGUGUGUGCUGCGUGCUACGUGCCUCUUCUGUCUCUUUCUGUCUUCUGUCCUCCUAUCCGCGGUCCGGCCCGGCACCGUAGCUCCCCACCCCACCGCCGGCAUACUCGUCGUUGCCCUCUGCAAACUCGUCCUCGUCCUCGUCGCUGUUCUCGCGCAUGUCCUCGUCGUACCCCUCGGAGCGGCGUGCUCGCGCCGUGGCCAGCGGGAGACCGUUGCCGGCGUCCUCGUGCCCAGAAGCGUAGACCUGCGCCGCGGCGUACGCCUCGUCCGUGUCGAACAAGUCGUCGUCCUCGUCCUCGGCAACCCGGGCACGCGCAUACCGUGCGGCCUGCUGUGCGCGCCCGAGCUCGUCGUCGAUGUGGCCGCGCUGCUUGCCCCGUCCUGAAUCUGGCCGGUGGAGGGACAUUGCUUGAGCGAACCGAGCCGCCGUCUGAUUGUCAAAGUCGCGUUCUUGCAGUGCGAGCGUCUCGCUCAUCGGCCAAGACCAUGGAAUUAGGGGCGAGAUUGAGCUCGCCUUGUCGGAUGGCGUCCAGCGCGCGAGCCUUUCCACUCCUUGUUGGUGGACUUGAUGCGAGACGAGAUGGCGAGCUCGGACUAAGUGACAUGCCACUCAUGCCGUCGGCGAGCAGCUCUGCCUCGCGGGCAAGCAGCUGUUCUCGCACCGCGAGCAGGCGAUCGCGCACAGGGUCGGGGGCGUCGGAUGUCGGCACCUGCCGGGGCGCAGUUGGUGAGAAGCCAGAGCCGAACGAGCUCGACGCCGUCGGCGAUGUCGAGAACAAGGAUGUGUUGAGCACGCGCUCGUUGCGCGCGAGGCGGUCCCGCACCUCACCUAGAGAUAGGUGCGAGAUCUCGUCCGAGCCCGGCAGGGAGUUGCGGCCGCGGUUGCGGCCCGGCACGCGCAGAGGCACGGCUUGGGGCAUGGGUGUGGUGGCGUGCGUGUGUAUCUGGUGUAUAGGGUGUGUCGUUGUCGUUGUCGUCGUUGAUGGGGCUGUGGUCAAUGGUCGGCGGUUGUCUUUAUAUAGGCGUUCCGAGGGAGACGGCGGUGGCGGCGGCAGAGUCGGCGGCUGCGGUCAACAGCGUCAUCUCCU